AUGUCCAACGUUCGCGACCGGAUCAAGGCUGCAGAAGCCUUAACAGGGCAAUCGCACAAUGAUGGAGGCAGCGAAUCUCGUCGUCGCGGUCACAAACUGAGUCUGAAGACCGACGAGCACAUAAAAGAAGAAUUUCUCAGGAGAGGUGACGGCGGUUGGCACAAGAAGGUAGAUAUCGGACAGCAGGAGAAUUAUAAAGUUCCGCCUGCCAUGCCUCCCAUCAUCAAACUUAUCGCAGAAACUCCAGUCGUGACAUCGUCAAAAGGUGUGCCGGGAAGACUACGCAAGGAGAUACCAGGCGCAUUUGAACCUGUUCCUGGAGAAUCAUCCGCUAAGUCAGGGGCUAAACAGGACAGAGAGUGGAGCAGAGUAGAGGAAAUGGAGGCAGCGCAACAAGCAGAAAUGGAUCUCCAUACUGUUGAUGGCGAGUGGGACCGAGUCGCGCAAUUGGAGGCUGAACAGCAGGCUGCCAUGGACGCCGAAGCAGCUAUGAGGUCAAUAGCUGAGUCGUCAAGCAAACCCCGUCGUGAGAAACCUGACAAGCCAGCACGCGGAAAGCUCGACAAGUCGUCGCAAAACAAAUCCAGUGAUAGUCCUGCAACCAGAAAUAUUCCUGUAGGACGCUUCGACGAUCUCAUAGGCAAGACUGAUGUGAAGGAUACCAAGAACAAAUCUCCUGGAAGUAAAAGUCGCCCAUCCGUCAAAGCUCGGCAUGUCCAUAUUUCCGAUGACGACGACGACGACGACGAUGAUAUGAAACCAGCAGCGACAUUCCCAGCCAAGGACGACUUGAGUAGCAGAGAGCAAGUUCUCUUCGAUCCAGUCGAGUAUGCUGAGAAAAAGCAAGCUCGUCGCGAACGGAGAGCAGCCAGGCAGCAGGAUCGAGCUGAGAGGCUAGUAGUGGACGAGCAACCGAGGGAGAGAUCUCGAGCCAAAUCACCAUCAAUAAGGUUGUUUCGUGUGAAUUACGACGACGACGACGAUGACGACAACGACAACGGAGGGAAGGCGCUCAGAAAGUCGCACCGCUUACGUUCGCGUUCGACACACGAUUACGUGCCGGAGUCUUACCAGUCGCCUCCAACAAGCGCACGACGUUCGACCAAUUCACUCUGGCCGUCUUUUUCAGAUUCACAGAGGCGGAGUAUGAGUGAUGUUUUUGAGAGCAGUGGACGUCGACGCCAUAGCCACACCAGAACUCAUUCCGACGAUCUCUCUACUGCAGACAGCACUCGUUCAACGGUGUCAAUCAAAAAGUUAGAAUUUGCAGAAUAUAUGGCAGGUAGAAAGCUUGAUCACAUGCCUCUUUCACCACCCAAAUUGCCAAGCAGGCCCAUGGGUUUCGUUCGGUCGCUCAGCCAUACCGGAGAAUAUUCUGAAGGCUACACACGAGAAAAGAAGUUAUUGAGAAGACCUAGUCGUGACGAGGUGAUUGAGGAUUUUGAUCAUGACUGGGAUCGGAGAGUCGAUCAUUCUAGCCGACGUCGUGUCAGUCACAAGAAAGACGAGCCAUGGCAGGUAAAGAUUUUACAAGAAAUAGCUAAACACUAG